AGGCCAGCCGGGCCCAGCUCGCGCUCUCCAUGGCGGGCUCUGCGGCUGGGUGGUGGCUGUGGCCACUGGCCGCGCUGGCCCUGGUGCUAAUGCUGCCCGGCUUGCACGGGCAGACUCCGCAGAAGAGAGAACGGGUGACCCCGGUGCGGCUCUUCACGGAGGAGGAGCUGGCGCUCUACAGCGGGGUCGAGGUGGACAAGCCCAUCCUUAUGGCCGUCAAAGGCGUUGUGUUCGACGUGUCCUCAGAGAAGCAGUUUUAUGGCCGCGGUGCCCCCUACAAUGCUCUGACCGGGAAGGACUCCACCAGGGGGGUGGCCAAGAUGUCCCUGGACCCUGCAGACCUCACCUAUGAUACUACGGGCCUGACAGCGGAGGAGCUGAAGUCUCUGGACAUUGUCUUUACUGAUGUAUACAAGGCCAAGUACCCCAUCGUAGGAUACACGGCACGACGGAUCCUUAACCCUGAUGGCAGCCCCAACCUCAGCUUUGUCCCCGAGGACCAGCCCCACUUCGAGCUUCGUGAGGAGCUCUGAGACCGGCUGGCCCCUUGCAAUAAAACUCUGCACUGCCCUGGUCA